AAACCAUGGAUCCCGCAGUCACAUGCAAUCCAAUCUGAAGAGUAAAGAACCACCGUCACCGUCGUUACCAAUCACAUCUCGCUUUAUCUCUCUUGAAACCCAGUAAACUUCGAAUCUACCACCCCUUUUAGUUCUUCCAAUUCCAUCUCAACAACAUCCAAUUUUCCAUAACCCAGUUUCAGUUAGUUCUCCAGUACCUCUAAAUUACCUUCUUCUAGACACUCAUUUUCACCGCUACUUAUACAGUUAUACUUGUCAGUUAUCGCAAAACAAACUUAUGCUCCGUUCCCUUAAUCCAAACAUAGCCGAAAACAAACAGUAACAUUAAGUCCCCAAUUAAGUAAAAAAAGGAAAACAACCUCCAUCUUUAGAAGCUAAAAUCCUAACAAUAACAGUUCAUCACAACUCACCUCCAUGAUCAGAAAACCUUCUAAACCUUUAAACUCCAUCCUCCCCCCAUUCUCCAGAUCCAUCCUCAUCAUCCUCUCCAUGGCUUCCCUUCCCUUCCUCUUCUUCCUCCUCUUCCUCUCCCCACCACAACAACCACCACAACCACCACCCUCCCCUGAAAUCCAACAAGCCUGCAAGGCCACCCGCUUCCCUCACCAAUGCCGCUCCUCUCUUUCCGAACCCAACCUCCUCCCUCCUAACCCAACCCCUCUCCAGAUCAUCCAAUCCGCCGUCGCAAUCUCCUCGCAAAACCUCCACACCGCGAGAACAAUGCUGAAAACCAUCGCGGACUCCUCCGCUGGAAACCCCGCCCGCACCACCGCCGCUCACACCUGCCUCCACGUCCUACACUACUCCCAUCACCGCACCUCCCUCGCCGCCGACGCUCUCCCGCGCGGCCGGACAAAGGACGCGCGCGCCUGGAUGAGCGCUGCUCUGGCUUACCAGUACAACUGCUGGUCCGGGCUCAAGUACGUCAACGACACCGCGGUUGUCUCCGAAACUAUGGCGUUUCUGGAUUCCCUCACCGGGCUCUCCAGCAACGCGCUCAGCAUGAUGCUCUCCUAUGACAUAUUCGGGAAUGACACGGCUUCCUGGAGCCCGCCGCGAACAGAGCGCGACGGGCUCUGGGAGGGGGUAGGGUCGGGCGGGGCAGGGUCGCUGCCGCCCGGUGUGCCAGAGGGACUGACGCCGGAUGUUACCGUGUGCAAGGGCGGGGGCCAGGGGUGUUAUGCGACGGUGCAGGAGGCGGUUAAUGUGGCGCCGGAUGACGGGGAAGGGAGGUUUGUGAUUCACAUUAAGGAAGGGGUUUAUGAGGAGAGGGUUAGGGUUCCGUUGAAGAAGAGGAAUGUGGUGUUCUUGGGUGAUGGCAUGGGUAAGACUGUGAUCACGGGCUCUGCAAAUGUGGGGCAGACGGGAAUGACAACCUAUGAAUCAGCCACAGUUGGGGUUCUUGGGGAUGGAUUCAUGGCUAAGGAUCUGACCUUCCAAAACACAGCAGGUCCGAAUGCUCACCAAGCAGUAGCAUUCAGAUCAGACAGUGAUCUUUCUGUCAUUGAAAACUGUGAAUUCAUAGGCAAUCAAGAUACUCUUUAUGCUCAUUCCCUGCGCCAGUUUUAUAAAUCUUGCCGAAUCCUGGGCAAUGUGGACUUCAUCUUUGGAAACUCAGCGUCAAUCUUCCAGGACUGCAAAAUCCUGGUCCGUCCUAGGCAGGCCAGGCCAGAGAAGGGCGAGAACAAUGCCAUUACUGCACAAGGCAGGACAGACCCUGCUCAGUCGACCGGCUUUGUUUUCCAUAACUGCUUGAUUAAUGGUACAGAGGAAUAUAUGGCAUUGUAUUAUAGCAAACCUAAAAAACACAAGAACUAUCUGGGUAGGCCAUGGAAGGAGUAUUCUAGAACAGUUUUCAUUCAUUCAUUCUUGGAAGACCUUAUCACACCACAAGGUUGGAUGCCAUGGACAGGGGAUUUUGCGCUGAACACACUUUACUAUGGGGAAUUCGAGAACUCGGGACCUGGUUCUAAUUUGACUCAGAGGGUGCCCUGGAGUAGUCAGGUCCCGGCUGAGCAUGUGUCUACAUAUUCAGUGCAGAGUUUCAUUCAAGGAAAUGAUUGGAUUCACCAUCUCAGUAAUUAGAAGGCUCAUCUUAUGAAUGCUCCUAGAGUUAUGAAUAUGAGGCGUCAGUAAACAGGGAGUUUUUCCACAUCUUCCUUGUAGCUGUUAACACAAGAAGAUUUCAAUAGCCAUUGGUUGAACUUACAAAUCUUACACCAGUCAUGCUGGCUGAGAUACUCAGAGUUGAUCCUACUCAUUUUAUUGGGCUGAUCCUCCGCUUAAAAGAUCUAUAUUGCGUGGUGGCUGUGUUACAGAAUCAUGACUUGAUCAAGUAAAGAGGAUAUGAAGGGAAAAACCAAGAUUUUGGGACCAAGAUUGGUUGGCCCUCCAUUUCAUGUGUUCACUUUCCAAUCAAUCUCAGCGAAUUCGUGAGCAUUUGUUCCAUUCAUUUAAUGUAUAUGUUGUAUCUGGAAUCUGGAUUACCAAGAUUCUCCUUAUCCUUGUACAAAAUGGAAUGGGUUGA